GGUGGACGGGUAUUACCGCUGUGUGGAGCUGGCCAUCGGCCGUCUGACCCGUCGUGGGGACGCCAUGACCUGUCCGGGCGACGGCGCGAUCUACAUGUACGGCCGCCACUACGCCAUCGGCGCGCGGAUGGCCAACAACGAAGUCGAGUAUACCAAGAGGCUUGCGUGUUACCAGCUGCGUCGGCCGGAGAGAGACCCCCUUUUCUGGAGGACUCAUCUGGAGAAAACAGAGCUCGGCUCGUACUACUGCAAAGCUCUGUAUGGCUUUGGCACGGCUCGGGAAGCCGUAUAUCUGUUAGCCAAUGAAGACAAUGUGAAAAGCGGAUUUUGCUUCUUUGCCGGCGGGAUGUCGGACAUGUUGCGCACCGUUAAUCGACGAUGGUGUCAGCUGUCUGCCGGAGGCGUCGUGGCGUUCAGAGCCUGGAAGAAGUGAUCCGUUGGCAGUGUUAUUAGCUGCUGGUGGGGGAGGUCAUACCAUUUAGACUCGGAGCAUAAACGGCUUUUGUUGGCCUAGUGAAGUCAGUCGUCUGUAGUAGAGAUUGUUUCAUUCCAGACAAGCGCACCGACAGCGUUUAUUGUGGGAUGGCUUCUUCCAUCUACCAACCUCAACGGUACCUGUAAAAAGGUGCCUUGACAGUUCAGAAUGUUCCUUGGAGACAAAUUUAAAGUGUAUUUCCUUCUGGGGUGUACUUCCUGCCGCGUGAUCGAUAGCGUGAUGAUGGUGACUUUUUGUACGUUGUAUUUUAUUGAUAUGCACGAUAUGGCUGUAUGAUAAUGAUUUUAGCUAGCUGAUCUUGCAGUGUCCGUUGAUUUGACAGUUACAAACGGCGUUAAUAUAGAUUCGAUUGUGAUUGUGAUAUAAUGUUUCCCAGCAUUUAAUCAUGGGACCUAAACAUGUUGACCUGAACGGAAUACAAAUGCUAUAUC